UCUCCUCCCAUUCUUCCCCAUAGCGCCGCCGCUCCCAGACGCCUCUCUCCUCCUAGCCCGAGCCCUCUCCUCCUCCCCUUUGGGUCACCUCCUAGCUCUUGCAUCCACAUCCACCAUGGCGGCGGCGGGAGGCGGAGGCGCGCCGCGUGUGCUGUCCCAGAAGGAGCAGGACAUCCAGAUGAUGCUCGCCGCCGACGUCCAGCUGGGCACCAAGAACUGCGACUUCCAGAUGGAGCGCUACGUCUUCAAGCGCCGCACCGACGGCAUCUACAUCAUCAACCUUGGGAAGACAUGGGAGAAGCUCCAGCUGGCGGCGAGGGUAAUCGUUGCCAUCGAGAACCCUCAGGACAUCAUUGUCCAGUCCGCCCGCCCCUACGGCCAGCGCGCCGUCCUCAAGUUCGCUCAGUACACUGGUGCCCAUGCUAUUGCUGGGAGGCACACCCCUGGUACCUUCACCAAUCAGCUCCAAACAUCCUUCAGUGAGCCCCGACUGCUCAUCCUUACCGACCCAAGGACUGACCACCAGCCAAUCAAGGAGUCUGCUCUGGGAAACAUCCCCACCAUUGCCUUCUGUGAUACUGACUCCCCCAUGCGGUAUGUCGAUAUCGGCAUCCCGGCCAACAACAAGGGAAGGAACAGCAUUGGAUGCCUGUUCUGGCUCUUGGCAAGGAUGGUUCUGCAGAUGAGGGGCACUAUCCUCCCUGGGCACAAGUGGGAAGUCAUGGUAUGCAAGCUUAGGAUGCUUUUCAAAUUGACAUUAGACAUGCAGUGCGUGCAGAUUUUUUAUUAUCCUUGCAUUCUUAUGUGCUAUGCUGUUUGCAGGUUGAUUUGUUCUUCUAUAGAGACCCUGAGGAAGCAAAGGAGCACGAGGAGGAAGCUGCUGCUGCCCCUGACUUUGCCGCUAUCACUGAUUAUCCAGCGGCUGAUCAGUGGGGUGGAGACCAGUGGACCUCUGAUGUUGCUGCACCGCCUGUUGCUGUUGGUGGCACUGGUGCGGAGUGGGGUGCUGCUCCAGCUCCAGUUCCUACUGGCGAUGGCUGGGAUCCAGCUGGGGCCCCUGCACCUGUGGAGGGUGCUGUUCCUCCGGUUGUUGCUGCUCCGGCUGGUUGGGACCCAGCAGCACAACCCCCCGCCCAAGGCUGGGAGUAGGCAUAGGCCCUCCCUUUGUGAUGCAUCUUGUGGCUUAAAUUAAUUAUUUUUCCAAAGUAUGAAUGUCCGAAAUCAGGAUGCAUCAUCUACCUAUGCAUUGGACACUUUCUGUUGUAGGGCUUUCUAGCUGAACAUGUGCCCCUGUUCUGUUUUCAAAAUUGGUGCUAGAAGAGAGUCUUGCGAAAAUGUGGUAUAAGUAGUUUUUCUGUUUGUGUUGCUUAUAUUCCAUGGAUCCUUGCAAUGUGAUGGUUCUAUAUAACACAUCGAGUCGGUGAAAUCUGGGUGCCACGGAUUUUGUACUCCUAAAUUUUACCAGUUCGCUUGAAGUUCAGUUUGACUGAAUAAGAAA